UAGUUCGAUGCUUGGCCGAGUACAAAUGUCAGUUUCGAUUUGUGUAGAUGUUUGACAUUCCGCUGUGGUAGUUCGAUUUUCCUAUUUUUCAUAGUUUCUACAGCCCGAGUCGCGAUGGGAACAGAUGUUUUAAAAUCCUACGAUUCACUUCAGCAAGAACUGGAAAAGGCCAAGAGCCAUCUUCAAGGUCUAAAUGAAAAUAUACGGCGGAUAAUAGGACGCGACCCUCAAGGAACGCAUUUGAGAGGCGAUCGAAAGCGUAGUUUCAAUGAUUCACGGCGUAACGAUUUCAAUUCCACUCCCCACGAUCGGUCGCGAAACAGAGACUCAAGCCCAACCCCGUCCAAACGUAGACCUCAGGAGGCGAAGUCUGUGUUUAGUCGUUUAUCUGGUCCGCCUGUCAGGGAUGAUGAAUCCAAGCCUAAGAUCUAUUCGCGCGUUAUCCGUGAACUUCCCACUCGUCAAGAAAUUGUCGAAGCCCAGGGCACUGAUGCGCAGUCACGCGCUCGAAAUCGGCGGAUGUUUGGUUGCCUGCUGGGUACUCUUCAGAAGUUUUGCCAGGAGGAAUCACGCCUAAAACAGAAAGAAGAGAAGAAAGCGCAGAUUGAACGGAAACUCGAAGAGCAGGAGUUACAGGAACGCGAAAAUAUGAAAAAAGAACGACAGAAUUUGUUCAGCGACAGAAAGCGGCAGCAGCUUGAGGUGCGAAAGUUAGAACUGAAAAUGAACUACAUUCGCGAAUUCGAAGUCUGGGAGAAAUCGAAGAAAGACUUGAAAAAUUUUAUUUGUACCAAAACCAAACCUCAUAUUUACUUCCGGCCGAAAGUAAUGUCGGAGAAAACAGAGAAGCGUUUGGCAGAAUGCCAAGCCGACCUAGAGCGCGAGCUGGAUGCCAAACGGAAUAAAAUGAACGAAGAGAUCCAAGCCAUUGAAAAUAGAUUCAAAGUUUUGACUGAUCGUAUCAAUCAGUCGAGCGAAGGGCCGAUAGUUGGCGAAACUGCCACAAAGCACGAUAGGCACGAUGACGAGGAGGAUGAUGAUGACAGCAUGUACGGAGGCCAUUCGGACGACGAGCAAGUGGAUAGGGUUCCAUCGAAAGUUGUCGAGCGUCCUCAGCAAAGUAGGGAUCAGAGAGAUCGCCAUCAGAGAGAAUCAGCUGCAACAGAUAAAUUGGAUGAUACAAUAGAAUCCACCACAAAUUUCACCGACACUACGUUAGAAUUAGAUGCGUCCCAGCGAUUCGACGACGAUAUCGACGACAAAAAGGAAUCGAGUAAUAAUACAAGCACUGCUAGCACGGAUAGUAAAAAGGAAGAUAAAUCUGCAUGAUAUUCGUUGUACUCAUCGGUUCGGAUAUCUGAAAGAUGAUUAUGUUGAAGCGAUUCGUCGUGGAUAUUUCGGAAAGAAAGUUGUUUGUUUUUUCAUAGAAAUGAAUAUUCUUGUGGGAAAUUGAUCAAAGAAUUUGGAAUAGAAAUUUCGUAUAUUAUGCUUUAUAUUCUAUCUAUUAUUAUGCUAAAUUAUCAUUUGCUGGAUGAGAGAUGAGAAAGAAAUGGAGAAUACAGACAAGAACGAGAGUGUGUUUAUGGUAAUUGAGGAAUAUAGAAAUGAAGAUUA